GCCGGGCACCGUGGCGCUGCGGGAGAUCCGGCGGUACCAGAAGUCGACGGAGCUGCUGAUCCGCAAGCUGCCCUUCCAGCGCCUGGUGCGCGAGAUCGCGCAGGACUUCAAGACCGACCUGCGCUUCCAGAGCGCCGCCAUCGGGGCGCUGCAGGAGGCCAGCGAAGCGUACCUGGUGGGGCUCUUCGAGGACACCAACCUCUGCGCCAUCCACGCCAAGAGGGUCACCAUCAUGCCCAAGGACAUCCAGCUGGCGCGGCGCAUCCGCGGCGAGCGGGCUUAG